AUGGACGCCUACCCCAAAGACUACGUCGAUCAUAACCUGCCUUUCGUCCUGCUCUCAGGACUAGAGGCAGAUGUCGAAAAUGAUACUGAAACAUCCCCAGACUAUCCUUUGAUGUCAGAGAAGGGGACCCAUAUCUUCUCCGACUUCCCACCGUUGAGCGGGGCUGUUGCGGAGGAGCUCCGGAGCCUGUUUUUAAACGAAGAUAGCUCCCAGACGCCAUGGAAGUCCAGAGUCAGUGUGAGCGGGAAUAUUACGACUGCAAAUAUUGGCUACCGCAUUAAAAGUUCUGGCCGGUCAUGCAGACUCCCUCCACGAAAAGCGAACCCCCCUGUCUCCUCACCACCAACUACUCCCAGUGAUGAUAAGGAUAGCGAAUCCUCCGGAUCUAGCACGCACUUCGUCCUCCACUCGCCGAUAUCGCCUUUGUCACCGGGCUCUCCAACUUUCCCCGAUGGCUUGCUCACCCCUCUGUGGGUGACUAAACACCAAGAUCUGGUUCCAGCAGCGGUCGUCAAUUGCUUUCCAUUCUCAUUGGAUCCGAAUAUGAACUCGCUACGAGAUAAUCAGCUCAAAAUUGAGAUCAACAGCUUGAAAAAAGAAUGGCAAUCCUCCGGAUACAAGACGCGAUUUGUGGUUGUGCUGAUAUCAGAAGACGGAGAAGAGGGCGGCUAUGAGGGCGAAAUUGAUGACCGCAUCGCGGGGAUUAGACGGGCAACAAAUCUUGACCCUAGGUCAAUAUUCGUGAUUCCACCAGAUGCAACUUCGUCAGAGCUGCAUGACUUUGUAAAAUCACUCUUCUCUCUCCUACAACCAUCAGUCGUUGAAUACUAUCGGGACUUGUCAAAACAUGCCAGGCGCAAACGAAACAGAGGGAGCAUUCCCCCUCCGACUGCACCACCAACAACGGGAACCUCCCAGACCCUAUCAUCGCAAGGCUGGAAUGUGCGGUAUGAAUUCAAACUAGGCAUUUUUGCUGAAUUUCGUCAAGAAAUGGAUGCAGCGUGCCGAAACUAUGAGAGUGCAUAUGAUACUCUAUUUGGGCAUGAAGUCUUCGAGAAUAUUGCUGGCUGGAAUCCUCGAUUUAAUGAUGCACGUCUCUUGGCUGAUGCACUUGCCAUUCGAAUCAUCCGCUGUCUACUGUGGACUGCCCAGACAACUGCCGCAGCCCGGCUUUGGGUUGACCACAGAAUCCGUGUAAGAGAUAUUGUCAAUCGCAGAGGAAAAGGCAGUAAGCACUACGGAUGGGAAGCAUGGGAGGCACGCUGGUCGAUGGUCAUGGCACAGCUUAUCCGCCGAGCGGAACUUCCGUCUAUCUCAAACGAAAUAUCUUUCGAGCAACCUGGAGACCUCUAUUCAUUACCCGAAAAAUCAAUCCCCACUGGGGAACGAGUCAGGCCCUGGGAACACCUACACCACGAGGGUUAUUGGUUACACCGCUCAGCAAAGCAUACGAUGAUCCGACGAGGGCUUGCUCAGGAUAUCCCCCCCGAAGAUCGCAUGCCCCCCGGGCAAUCACCAGCUUCACAACUCGCAAACAAAUCGUAUUUGUACGACACAUAUCUUGUUCCCGACACCCACGAGGAAGCACCCCAGGAAGGACGGACUACUUUCGACCACUCUAGCUUAAUAUUAAACACGCUCAAGGGUGCCAUCGAGGAAUUCUCAAAACGCCACCAAACACGCAAAGUAGAGAGCCUGAGUCUUGAAGCAGCCGAGGAGUAUAUGCGCAUUGGCUCCUGGUCUGAAGCACAUAGCCUUCUCCAACCACUAUGGCCCUCUCUUAGCUGGCGCCGCUCUGGAUGGUGGCACUUGAUGGCCAAAUUCGGAUGGGCUCUCAGAGAAUGUGCCCUAAGGGUGCAGGAUAGCGAGACAGUCUUGCGAGUGGACUGGGAGCUGCUUAACAAAACUUUCAAACUCAGACCUGGGUGGCAUUAUGAUAUCCAUAGGAGUCUCGAAAGUCUUCCUUCGGAAAAGCCCAAAUCUUCUGUAAUCCUUCGUGCGGAGGAUGUCAUGACAAGUCUUACCGCAUCGUUGGUGUUCGAGAAAUCCGAUGGCAAUGUCGGGGAACCUCUACAGGUUCAACUUUCCAUCACAUCAUGUGCUCACAAAUCCGCAGCCCCUAUCCGGCUUUCAGAAAUCAAACUUGUUUUUGAAGGAUGUCUGCGCCCGGUCAAGGUACAAUCUGACCGGAACCAGGAUGCUGACAUCACAAAGCCCUGUUGCAUCGCGUCCAUUCCACUCCGCGAGCCGAGUAAUCUUGAUGCUAUAGCCCAGUCCCCUACUGGUGGAUUGGCCACAUUGGUUGGCAUAGCGGAUCUGACUCUGGGCCCCUCCCAGACCAAGAUAUUCAACCUUACCUGUAUUCCUCGCGAAGCUGGGGAAGCUAAGGUGGCUUCAAUAACCAUGUUGAUUGAACAGGAACAAUUCGAUUUAGGUUAUGCAAUCACAGAACCAGACCAACGCGAGUCUUUCUGGUGGCAGCAGUCACAAAAGGGCGUCAUGCGCAGAAGAGUGGGCAAGGAUCGGGACACUGGCAAAUGCAAGGUCAUGCCUAAACCCCCAAAGAUUCGCCUUACAACUCCCAACCUGAGGCAGACAUAUUAUACAAAUGAACAGGUGCCACUUCGGAUUGACAUACAAAAUGAAGAAGAUGAAGCUGCAGAUGUGUCUGCUGAAAUCAGACUCUUGGGCAGUGCUGAGUCGGCCGCUCAGAUUCAGUGGCUCGACGAUGCUGGAGAUUCCGAACCCCUUGAAUCAGGCGCCAGCACCCCGACUGAGGGCCCAUCUCAUCGCUUGAAACGAGCUGUCGGUAUUUUGGAGCACUCUUCUAACCGUAGCCUUACAAUUGUGCUGGCCGACACCAAGGAAGUCACGAAUCUCACAUUGGAAGUCUUGGUUGUGUACCAUCUGGUAUCUGAUAUCCAGACUCCGAUCAUGAAGAACAUUACAGUCGAUCUAUCAUUUAUUCGGCCGUUCGAAGCAAACUAUGAAUUUCUACCUGCAAUACAUCCCCAGCCGUGGCCAAAUUUCUUCGCCGUUAGCGAUGAGUUGCUUGAGGGCCGUGCUGCGCCAACCCCUGGAGGCUUGUUCCAGAAGUGGUGUCUCAAUUCUAAGGUAGUCUCCUUUGCGUUGGAGCCACUAGUGAUUGACAAAAUGUCUUUGAUUCUCCUCGAAGCAAACGGGGGAGUGACUUGCGAGGUUCACCCGGAAGAGCUUGUCACGCCAGAAACGCCUCAUAUUGCACCGGAAGAAGUGCGGGAAUCCAACUUCCACCUCAAUAUCCAGAAGCUCCUCAUCGGAGACCGCCGAUCAACUGCGCUCACUUGCGCAUUAGAGGUCAAUUGGCGUCGGCAGUCAUCUGAAUCUGUAGCUUCACCCGACGUGGGAAGCUCGAUUACAACCACCAUCCUUGACAUUCCUCGAUUUGUCGUCCCGAUGGGCGAACCACGAGUACUUGCAUCGGCUACCCCGUCUAGCAGAAUGUCGGGAUUGAUUCAUAUGGAGUAUGUCCUGGAAAACUCGUCCACCCACUUCCUUACCUUUAACUUGGUCAUGGAAGCCAGCGAGCACUUCGCCUUCAGCGGUCCGAAAACCACUGUUGUCCAGCUUAUGCCGCUGAGUCGCCACAGUGUAAACUUCAAUCUGUUUGCUGCGAAGCGUGGAUUGUGGAUUCAACCUCAGCUGGUGGUUAUUGAUACUUACUUCAACAAAACGCUCCGCGUUCUUCCAACGGGGGAUAUGCGGUCGGACAAGAAGGGAGUUCUGGUAUGGAUCGAUGCAGACGACUGA